AUGGGUGACAGGGAAGUGCAAGCCACGGGUCCAACCGGCAUAAAGGCCGGAGCAGACGCACGAAGCAACAGCGACUGGGAUGAAGUCGCUAGCGAGAACCCUACCGAAGAGGACCAAUCAACCGAUCUGCCCGAGCCAGGCAGUUUCACCAUAUUCUGUCCCAUAGUGCCCCUUGAAAAGAGAGGUGAUUUCGACGAAUGGUUUACUGCUAUUGAGAAAUCUCUCCGUCCCAACCUCCACCGUCUCCUCGAUGCAACAAUCAAACGGCCUGCCCGAGACACACCUAAUGCAGAAAAAUGGAUGCAACUCUCGAUGCACCUCCGCUCCUGGCUCGCAAGCAAAAUGGAUGCCGAGGUUAUGCGGGAUGGAGGACGCACCGCGCUGUCCGCUGCGAUCUUGAGACUCAUCGGAACGACCCGCUCUGAGUUCCACAGCACGGAGGAAUUUAUCAACGCCCUGGAAUAUCGCUACAAAGUCACCGUCGACCUCAAGGGACAGAUCCCGCCGUACACUGCGCUUAUCAUCAUGUUCCAGGAGCUGCGCUCUAUGUCUGGGUUCGAAAGGAUCAUUAAUACCUGGAAUGGUCAGUUGUGUCGAGUCAAGGAUCCAGCUGUGAAUAUCACUUAUGCCGAUUUUCUUGCGUACGGCUCUGCGGUCAUGACUGAGGCCCGAGGUCAGCUUCUCACUUGGCCGCCGAAUUUGCCGGGGCCUGUCAUUUAUGGAGACCGCACCAACCCGCAAAUCUAUUCGAUGUUCUAG